UCUCUCUCUCUCUCAAAAAUUAAAAUAAACAUUAAAAAUUUUUAAAAAUAAGCUUUGCAUAUAUAUACACACAAAUAUACACAUAGACACAAAUGCACACACACAGUGGACAUAUACACAGAUACCCAUCCUAAACAAUAUUUUUGAUUUUGAUUGAGUAGUGUUACAACAAAAUUCUCAUGCAAAUAGUGAGCAUGUUUCAAAGUUUUAUUUAACUGUUAUAGAGAGUGCCACAAAGAGCUGGUUUUGAGAGGAUUUAAAGAAUAUAUGUAGUCCACAGGGAAAGGAACGUCUGAACAAAAUUGCCAAGUUAGAUAUAAUUGGUUAAUGUUCCACACAGCAACGAAAUCAUAAUGCCUUUGGGAUUACUCUUUCCUACAAGGCUCUAAAAAUCAUAACCCCUUAUUAAUUCUCCAGUUAAACCUUAUAGGACUAUAAACCGUGUCUUUAUUAACAAUGAAUUUUUCAUUAAGUAAACUAUGAUAACGAAGUUCUUUUCCCCUGAGUGUAGAUGAAUUCCAAACAGACUUAUUAGAAAAUACUAGAGCUUUCUAAAUUUGAGAUUAAAAUUUUGUUUUACAAUUGUAAGUACAAACCUGAGUGUGUAAGGAAAGGACAAUAUUGUCAUUAUUAUAGAUGGAGUUUUCCAGGAAGAGAUGAGCAGAAGAGAAUGACUUCAGCUUCCCUGACCGUUUAUAGGGGGACUUUCGGUGGAAGUUAAUGAGUAGUGUCAUGAGUGAGUCCUAGGAAAUGGACCACACAGUAGGGCAUCUGGAAGGCUCUGGUGUAGGCCUUAUACAAGGCACACCUUGUUAUUGCGCUUUGCAGAUACUGUCUUUUUUUUUGUUUUUUUUUUUUGUUUUUUUUAAACAAAGUGCAGGUUUGUGGCAACCCUGUGUGGAGCAAAUCUAUCAGCACCAUUUUUCCAACGGCAUUUGUUCACUUCAUGCCUCUGUGUCACAUUUUGAAUACAGAGUUUAAUGAAAAAUCCAUGCUUACGGGGUGAACAUGGCAGGCUUCCUAGAUAACUUCCGUUGGCCAGAAUGUGAAUGUAUUGACUGGAGUGAGAGAAGAAAUGCCGUGGCUUCUGUGGUGGCAGGUGUACUGUUUUUUACAGGUUGGUGGAUAAUGAUUGACGCUGCUGUGGUGUACCCGAAGCCAGAGCAGUUGAACCACGCCUUUCACACAUGUGGCGUGUUUUCCACAUUGGCUUUCUUCAUGAUAAAUGCUGUGUCCAAUGCUCAGGUGAGAGGUGACAGCUAUGAAAGCGGCUGUUUAGGAAGAACAGGUGCUCGUGUUUGGCUGUUCAUUGGUUUCAUGUUGAUGUUUGGGUCACUUAUUGCUUCCAUGUGGAUUCUUUUUGGUGCAUAUGUUACCCAAAAUACGGAUGUUUAUCCAGGACUAGCUGUGUUUUUUCAAAAUGCACUUAUAUUUUUUAGCACUCUGAUCUACAAAUUUGGAAGAACUGAAGAGCUGUGGACCUGAGAGCCCUUCUUAGAUCAGAUUUCCUUUGGUUCUGUUCUAUUUGUAGAUAAGUUUUUCUCUCUCAACAUAAUUUACACAUUGCCAAAUGGGAUAGACUGUAUAUUACAUAUUACAUGUUUCGUUUCUCUACACUUUUAUGCUCUGAAUUUUGAAAUAGUUUUAUGAAAUUUCUGUCUUUUUUUUAAAUCACUGAAUAGAUUGUUAAUAUGUACAUAAUAUAAAACUAUAUAGCUGGGAUGGUAUCAGUUUUUUUUUUUUAAUCCCUGAAGACUUAGACCUUGACCUAGUCACUGAGCCAGCGUUGUAUCAUCAUGUCAUCUUAGAGUUAACUGUUUUGUUUCAAUAUCUUGAAUUUCUGAAGACGUGCAGAAAAUACAGCUCCAUGUAUCUGAAAUAAGCACUGAACCGUUCAAAAGGGUAUUUCAGGAAGUUGUAAGUUAUUUUGGCUUAAAAAUGAGAUUUUUUUUUUAAAGGAAAAAUGUUCUUCUGUAUUAAAGAAGUGGACUUUUAUAUGAAGAUUUUUUAAAUGCCUGAAGGACUAGUUUGAAAUCCUCUUUCAAAAAACAAUGCCUGUAACAUGACUUUAUCUGAGAAAGGAUAAUACAUGAUCAGACGAGCUCAGUGUCGUACGGCCGAUGGGAAAAGGCCGUAAGGGAGCCCAGCGACAUGCUUCUUGUAAAAACAGCUCCAGUGAUCUAAUGGGGUUCUCUCUUGGCAGGCUGUUAUUAUCCGACAUUACAAAAUUCAGCAUCAAGCGUGACCCAACUGCAGUUUAAAAGCAUGAACCAUAUCACAAAAACCGGAAUCAUUCGUCUCAAGAUAAAGCACUUCUUCCCAAAGAGAAUGAUUACGACCUAGUGAAAAAUUAGGCCUUUCCUCCACUUAGUUACCGACUACAAGGGUCUCUUUGCGCUAGCUCUCAACUCUUCCUGCAAAAUGUAUCUUUAACCUCAAAGUCCACGUUCAGUCGAAGCCUCCUUUUGCGGAGUUUGAAACGCUGCUUUUGCACCGCGGGUAUUCCUCUGAGGGAUGUCAAAGGGAUAGCUGGGUCUUAAUUGCUUUUUUGCUUUUCUUUGUUAAUACAGGCUUUGUGUGGCACUUUUCUUCCUCCAGAGGGAUUUUGUAGCACCUUUUGUUGUAAGACAGAAUAAUAGUAACGGUAUCAAUAUCAGCUCCUAACAUAAGCCUUAUUUUGUUUAACCUCCCUCCUCUCUGAGAGGGCUGGCCUGUGCACAGAGUAUGAAGCGGUUGUGGAAUGCUGUGCCUUUGUCUAGAUACCUUCUUGUUUAGUUAUUUCCUCCCGUGUUGCUGUCUUUUCCUCCAAAUGUCAGUAAACUUUGUCUUGCUUCGGACAAAUUGUAAGACUAUUUGUUUCCACCCUCUUGUAACUUGUAGCAAUAAAUACUACUUCUCACCCA